AUGACGGCUGAAGAAAUCUACCAAGCAAUUGGCGAUAAAGUUAAGGAGCUAACGUAUAUGAUGGAGUCUCCGAAGCGAAAUAUCAACCAACCAAUGAGGGAUUUGAUCGCUAACAUAACGGACCUCCAUAAAAAGCUAGGUAGAUCUGUCCUUACCCCGAGGAACCAGGCCCCAAGAGGAGCGAGUGAAGCAAUUUCUGCUAUUCGAGACAAAGGUACCCAAACCUCACCACUGAUCAAGCGUACCACAGACUGCACGCCAAAGAGGGCAAUAGAUAACGCUGCAGCAAGCUCAGCGAAAAGAAGUAAAACGAACCGUGUCGAAGUCCUAAAGAAUACACCGGUUAAAACGAACGAACAAGAAAAAACAGGAAAGUGGGAGGUGGUUAAAGCUAAGAAGAAUCAAAAGAGUUCUACGCAGAAUACUCUCAAACGAGACGUUAAGGAAGUAGGAAAUAACGACGCCAAAAGCAGUAGAAGACGGAGAAGACCACCACGUAAGGACGCUAUCGUGGUCAAAAGCGCUGGUAAUAUCUCAUAUGCCGAAAUUUUGAAGCGCGUUAAGACAGAGCCAAGUCUUAAGGAGCUUAUCCAUGAAGCUGUUAAGGCGGCUCUAGGAGAAAGUGUAGAUGUCAGGGCACUUACGGAGCUGAGGCAGGUGGAAAUUCGUGACCUCGAUGAAAUCACGACAAAGGAAGAAGUUCACGAGGCGGUAGCAAGACAAUUCCAAGAGCUGGAGAUACCUAUCUCAGCCAUUUUGGGUCUGCGAAAAGCUUACGGAGGAACACAAACGGCGACGCUAAAAGUAACACCGGAAAUCGCUACCAAGCUGACGGAAGCUAAUAAAAUCCGCAUAGGUCUCGUAAUUUGCCGCAUACGGGAGAAGAUCGAGCCAAAAAGAUGCUUUAAAUGCAUGGAAUAUGGGCAUGUGGCAGUAAGCUGCAAAAGCUCAGCUGACCUUAGUAACACCUGCUUCAAAUGUGGUAACAAGGAUCACCAGGCCAAAAACUGCACACAAACAGCAAGCUGUAUAAUGUGCAAGAAGAAGAAAGAAAGCGAUAUGGCGCAUGCGAUGACCAGCAAAAUGAAGAUCUUGCAACUAAAUCUUAACCACUGUGAAAGCGCCCAGGACCUACUCGAGCAGACUAUACGGGAACACAAAAUAGAUGUUGCUAUACUUAGUGAGCCCUAUAAACACAAAACAGGUAACGGCUGGGCCUCUGACACAACAGGCAAGUCAACGAUUUGGAACUGUGGAGCAAAUAGAUCCCAACUGAUGAGCGUGAAUGCAGCCCGCGGUUUCGUACGUGCGCGCGUGGAAGGCACAUACAUUUACAGCUGCUAUCUACCACCCAGCUUAACUCUGCUGGAAGCAACAGGCAUCCUGGAGAACCUUGCCCAGGAUGUAAAGGAGCAUAGACCUGUCAUCGUAGCCGGUGAUUUCAACGCUUGGGCUGUUAACUGGGGAUGCCCACGCACAAGCCCUAGAGGGCAAGCCCUGCUGGAAGCGUUUGCUAUGCUAGAUAUAGCCUUGAUGAACACAGGAAGUCAACAGACGUAUCAAAAGGCAGGAACGGGGUCUAUAAUCGACCUUACCUUCGUGAGUUCUAGUCUUGUUCGCGACACGAAAUGGUUCGUCAGCCAGCAUUACACUCGGAGCGAUCACCUCGCAAUAAUCUGUGAAAUAAGGAAGCACGGCGAAGAAAGGUUCCCAAAUAACUACGACACGCGGUACAAAGUUAAAACAAUGGAGGCUGAGAUUAUUGAAAUCAUGCUGGCAGAUGUAACUCUCGGAGGGGAUGCAUCUGAGAAAACAACACAAACCAUGAGACACCUAACAGAGGCAUGCGACGCAGCCAUGUCCAAAACGAAGCCCAAUAAGCGCAACAGCGAACCUGUCUACUGGUGGACAGCAGACAUUGCAGAACUGCGCAGCGAAUGUUUAAGAGCAAGGCGAAUCUACCAACGAUCUAGGGGUACGGACAGUUUCCAAGAAAACCAGCUCCAAUAUAAGCAAAAAAGGAAGGCCCUAAAAAAGGCAAUCAAAAACAGUAAACGCCGGUGUUUCCUGCAGCUAUGCGACGAUGCCGAUAAUGACCCUUGGGGCCUCGGUUACAGGUUUGUUAUGAAAAAACUCAAAGUCUUUAAGCCACUCCCAACAACAUGCCCAGCUACACUGCGUAAUGUAGUAGAAACUCUGUUCCCCGUCCAAGACACUAUACGAGACCACGAAUUGGUAGGAUCCUAUGAAGGCGACCAAAAUUUGCAGCUAACCAGCAAAGAAGAACUCCUGAUGAUCAUAAAACGGAUUAAAAAUAAUAAAGCUCCAGGACCAGAUGGAAUCCCCAACGAGGCCUUAAAAGUAGCUAUUCAAAGUCGUACCGACAUUUUUGUAGAUCUCUACAAUACAUGCCUAAAGGAAGGUACAUUUCCAACCCAGUGGAAGUUGCAGAAACUGGUUUUAAUACCAAAAGGAUCCAAGCCUGCGGAAGAUCCUACAGGCUACCGCCCCCUGUGCAUGCUCGACACCGCAGGAAAAAUCCUGGAACGACUGAUUGCAGUCCGACUGGAGGCUGCUAUAGAGGAUGUAGGCGGUUUAUCACCCCGACAAUUUGGAUUCCGGAAAGCCCGUUCAACAACAGAUGCUGUGUCUGCAGUCAAGACCAUUGCGCAGAAGGCAAUAGAAGGUACUCGAUGGCUAAACGGUAGCAAGGAGUAUUGCCUAAUUGCGACACUAGACGUCAAGAACGCCUUCAAUACGGCGAAUUGGAGCAAAAUUCUGAUCGCGCUGGAUAACUUCCACAUUCCAAGUGACUCCAGUUUAUUACAUUUAUUCUUUUUGGCUAUUACAUGUUAUACCGAACUAACAAUGCCGUGUCUAUGUGCCAACAAAGUUGAGCGUACACAGGAGAAAGUGGAGUGCGACAAGUGUAAUGAUCUUUUUCAUUUAAAUUGUGUCAACCUACAACCUGUUGACUUAGAAUUUUUGCUUAAAACGGGUAAGCAAUUUACCUGUGAUAAGUGUGCCGCUGUUCGACGUCAAUCCCUUCGAGCACCAUCAGCUCCCAUCAACCUGGAUGACGAAAUUGCUGAUAAUGUACCAGUGAAUCCAGAUAACCUAAGUGCACAGUUAUCACAUCAACAACUGCCGAAAUCAACAUCAGCUGAUGACGUAAACAAUAUAUCAGUCUGA